GGCUGAUCGCAUCGCAUUCCAAUGUGAGCGAGAUGUAACCGCUGUGCGGACUUUAUGUUUCCCAAACCGUAUUCUGUCGUUAUUUGAAGGAAUAAAAUGUCCAACUUGAAGGAGUCAAACACUUGUCCUGACGGCUACAGGGCUUUAAGCACAAAUGAGCUGAGGGAGCUUUUACAAAACGACGACAAAAUGGACCAAAUCCUUGGACUCAAUGAGAAGUUUCAGGAGCUCCAAGUGGACAGGGAGACUUUGCAGACGACCAAUCGGAGCUUGGCGGAGGAGAGCCUCGCCCGACGACCCCGCCUUUGUAACGGCAAACUCCAACUGGCGGAGAAAUACCGGGAACUGUCCAACCUGGCAACCAAAUGCUGGGAAAAACAGAGUCAGCUUGAGGCUCAUGUCCAGAAGCACAGCCUGCAGACGGCACAGAACCUCCUGCAGGAAGAAGUGGCACGUGCUGAGGAGCAGUCAGAGGAGCUGCUGGAGAAAUUCAUGGAGGGAAACGUAAGCCUGGAUGAGUUCCUGGACUCCUUCCAAAGCUCCAGGAAGACGUAUCAUAUCCGCCGGGCCCAAGUGGAAAAGAUGCAGGAGGUCGCAAAGGCCAAGCAGCAGCCGAGCAAAACCAAUAGAGCGGAGGAGAGCAAAGAGGUGAAGAAGGACUUGGAGCAGCCUCAGGAGCCUCAGCGGCCCAACGGCUUCGUAGCACAGGGACCUCUUAGAGUGUUCCAGGUACGCUACGGCCUCACGCCAGCCAUCCUCCUCCCCCAUUACCCUGUUUCACCACCUGCCUCAGCUCCAGGCCAUCAGAGUAGUACACCCCCACCUGAACCCCAACUGGGACAGAUCCUCAGCCCCAGCACCCCACUCCCAGGACACGGCCAGCCGGUCGGCCUCAGGGUCAUUGGACAGUUACCGGGUGGCUGGCCGGCUAACGGGCGGCCGGUAAGACUGCAGCAGCUUUACAGGCCGAACCCUCAACAGCCUGAACCGCCGUACCGAUAAGCCAGAGCAGGGCGGAGGGCGAGGAGGAUGAAAAGCCGGUUUGAGAGGUCUUCCAAGACAUGGAACCAAACAGUGGUUGUCACAAUCAUGUAAGCAAAGACUGAUCCAGAGACAGGCAGCACUGCAGACGUCCGUUUCUGUUCUCCAUCCAUGACACACAAAUGUAACCAGAGCAGAGACAGGGAGGCGGUAGGUGACUAGGACCAGCAGGGAGGACUAGGGAUGGGCUCCGAUAGCUGGAUUCGUUAAGCUUCGACGAACAAAUCUCUCAUUAAAACGUUUUAUCUCUCCUUAUUGUUUAAUAUUCAUCAUGGAAAACAUUUAGAUGAAUCCGGCUGAUUUAUGUGUUUGGCCUCGGACAGUGGAAGCAGAGAUGUUUGGGUUAUUCACUGCACUACUUGCAGACUCUUUUUGCGGUUAGUGCAAAAUUCUCCUCUGUGACACCCGUUCAGUAGCACAGGUAGUCGGCUAGAUAAAGUAAGCACAACUUUAGUGACAGUGGACAGAGUAUCGGUGAAAGAAUUGUGAAUUAUUGACCUGCAUUGGUUGGAUGUCGCCACCAGUGUGCAGAGGCGAUCCAAAGCAAAACGUGGUCAAUCUGCUUAUGUGUUGCAGUGAUGAGAGAUACCCAUUGUCUAGAUGCAAGCUUUAUAAAGGCAUUUUCACUCUCAUGUCUCAGCCAGCGGACACGCUCUCAUGCAGCUGUCUGCACCGGCUCCAUGCAGGCUCCCAUUUCAGCUACAUGAAUGCAACCUGCAGCAUUUAUUUAUGCUUCAGGCCCAUUUUUCAUGGUUUGUUGUGGCCCAAUAAAAAGUCAUGAAAUAAUAUAUAUUCAUACAUUUUGAAACCUGGAAGGAGCGUUUGCUGUCUCUACACAGGGCCAGAGAGUGGGACACUCUUUUCCAGUUUGUAAUCCCACAGACUUGCUGUUUAGACUGCUCUCUGCUGUCAGACGCUUUCAAGUUUGUGGACAAGAUGUAACUGAUAUAGCUGCUGUGUUGGCUGAUAUCUUUUCACAUGAGUAUGACGCUAACCCAGUCCAUACACGGCUGACUGACCUCUUUUAUUUUAUCGUUGAAUCUGGCGAUUACUUUCUCCCAAUCUCUCAAAGUCCAAUUUGAUGUCUUUAAACCCAGAGAUAUUCAGUUUAUCAUGAUAUAAAACCAGUGCUCAAAGUGGGCCGGUACUCACAGUACCAGCACUUGUUUAAAGCCAAACUUGCGAGGGAAAGGAUUCAAACGAAUUUAGUUAGUACAUUUGACAAAAUGCUAUCGAACCCCAUCCCUAGAGAAUGAGUGAAAGUUAUUUUACUUUUUUUUUUUUAUUCUUUACAUGGAGGGAUGUGAAGCACAGGGUUGUGAAGCACAUCGUCAACAGAGAGAAUAAAAAUCUCAUUGUUCAUUCAUAUAACUUUAGGACAGAGAAUAUUUGUCAUCAAAGUGAAUGAUGGCAUCAAUAAAGGGAUGUUUAUUAUAAA